AUGGCGCAGGGCCCGCUUCCCAAAAUCCACUGCGAAAAAAAAAAAAAACUUUGCAGAGACUUUUUGGUAUUAGAAUCCAAAAAGAAAUGUGAAGGGGCGCUUCGCCUCUGGGGUUGGAAGUGGCUGCGAGGUUUCCGGGGCCGUUUUGCCGGCGUGGGGAACCUUCUUUCCAAACCCCGGCCAUGGCGGCAGAAUGCGCCCCUCACCUCCCGAUCGCACCCUCGAAGUUUUCGCCACGAUACAAAACCAAGAUUGCUCCCUCAUAAAACCGCUCGGUUGGAUAAUGAUGCCUUUGCCGAAACCCGACGUCGAGACGUCCCCGCCCGCCGUCGAAGGGAAAAAAAAAAACCGGAACGCUUUCGACAUUCAAGGGGUUCCUCCAUGAAACCCCCGAACGCGUUCAGGCCGAUUGCCCCAACAAUAAUAAAAAAAAUCUUGGCCUGA